AUGUCCUAUGGGCCAAAUUUCUCUCUUCAGCAGCACCCUCAGUACUUCCCGAACAAAUUUAAAAUUGUUGGGACAGGAACUAAUCGUUCAGUUGCUCCUUGUGAACCUUUCUACCUUCUGGAUACCGAAUGGCCUAUGACAGAAAACCAAAUAACCGGUGCUACGAAUCUCAUCGAGCAUUAUGGACUCAAAAACGCUUAUCAAAAGUACUUCCGUGGAAAUCUCAAGGACGAGCUCUCCGGCUUUCUUCCUCAUUUGUCAGGAAAUGUGAACAUGCCUGCUUCUGCAGACGAUAGUGGACUAAUGGGCUUGAUUGAACGCCCGCCUAUCCGGGGCAAGGAAUUGACCAUCUUUCCACCUAGCCAACUAGAUCCUGCAGUCCGUUUACACACUGGCCAACUUCCCCAGGAGUACAUGGCUCUCUUCAUGGCUGCAUCUCCCCCCACCACUUCCGUCGCCCCUAGCAAUGGCACAGCAUUGACCGAGGGCACCACUAUCACUCCUUCUAGCGUUCGAAAGCGUCGCCGUGACGUCCAUCGCGCUAGUGCUGGUGCCAUUGCCUCAGAAUCUGCGAUUGGGCCUUCUGUCACUACUUCUGCCUCUGCCUCUACAUUUUCUCCUGCUGCUGCAACUCUACUGCUCCGCAAUCAACAGCAGCAGCACCAUCAUCACCACCACCAUCCACCGAAUGCGGCAGCUGUUGCCCCUUCCGUUACCUCCGCCGCAACGGCACCGCAUUCUGGACCGCUGGUGAAUGUUGCGGCGGCAACUGCCGGCGUUUCAAAACCAGCGACUUCUGCGGGUUACUUCGCAACCCCACCACCAGCCGCUGCAAUCCGGCGUUCUACAGAAGAUUUUUCCUUUAUACCCUCCAGCGGUGGUGGCGGGGCGUCCUCCGUGGAAUCUCCCGGCGGAGAUUUCGAUGAUGAGAUUCGGCGCAAGAGGCGAAGGAAGGAGAAGAAAAGUGGAGUAGGAAGAAAGGAGAGGAUUGAAUAG